CUCCCCCUCCCGGAUGCAGGACUGGCUGCCACUGUGGGGAGGGGUGACCCGUGCCACGUGCUCCCAGGACACUGGCUAGGGGGCCAUAAAGGACACCUUGAGAGAAGCCGGCACAGACUUGUUCAGACUCCCAGUGGCCCGCCGAGGUCGUAAGCAUAGAGCUCUGGAGAUGAAGACCCUGCUCCUGGGUGUCAUGCUCGGCCUGGCCGCUGCCUUGACCUUCGCCCUGGAGGAGGAGGAUAUCACAGGGACAUGGUAUGUGAAGGCCGUGGUGACCGAUAAGGACCUUCCGGAGGAGAAGAGGCCCAGGAAGGUGUCCCCAGUGACGGUGACAGCCCUGGACCGUGGGGACUUGGAAGCCACAUUCACCUUCAUGAGGAAUGAUCGGUGCUUCCAGAAGAAAAUCCUGAUGCGGAAAACGGAGGAGCCUGGCAAAUUCAGCACCUAUGGGGGCAGGAAGCUCAUAUACCUGCAGGAGCUGCCCGGGACGGACCACUGCGUCUUUUACUGCAAAGACCAGCGCCAUGGGGGUCUGUUCCGCAUGGGAGAGCUCAUUGCAUCUGCUGCCUGCAGGGCCAGGCCGCUGUCCCCACCUCAGCUGACCUGGUCACCUCACCUGCAGGUCGGAAUCCUGACACCAACCUGGAGGCCCUGGAAGAAUUUAAGAAACUCGUGCAGCGCAAGGGACUCUCAGAGGGGAAUAUUUUCACGCCCCUACAGAUGGGAAGCUGCGUUCCCGAACACUAGGUGGUCCCCGGGUCUGCACCUCCAGAGUCCACCCUGCUGCCAGACAUGGAGCCCGGGCCGCCUGGACCCACCCUCCAGCCAUGAGCCUUCCCUGACCCACCCGCCUGACGCCAAAUAAAGAGCUUCUCCCU